CCCAGACAGCGGAGGUAGAGAGAGAGAGAGAGAGAGAGCGAGAGGAAGAGAGAGAGAGAGAGAGAGAAAAGGGAGAGGGAAAGAAUGUGUGUUUCUCAUUAGCUAUAUCAGGCUUCACUUCUCUCUCUUGUGCACGCUUUCUACAUGGACAACUGAUAUACAGCGUUGGAACAGAUGACGCGUUUCCUCUUGCUAGAAUCUCCGUGUUAAUGUAAAGAGCAGAAGAUCUGAUCACACAAACAUGGGAAAAGGUUACUUCAUCAGCAAACCACUGGCCACAAUAGCUGCCCUGCUUGCUGCCUUGGCUGUAAUCACCAUAAUCGCUCUAUCAAUCGUUUACUCUAAAGAAAAGGCCAAAAAUGAACUCAAGUUCAACAAUGGGACAUCUCCUGUUCCCCCCACUAAACCACCGUCUAAUGAACCCUGGGAUAAAUACAGGCUUCCUGACACCAUAUCUCCUCAAUAUUACAAUAUCACGCUGUGGCCUCAGCUCACCAUGGACAGCCAGGGCAUGUACAUUUUCACUGGUGAAUCUGGAGUGGCUUUUAAAUGUGUCAAAGAGACAGAUUUGAUCCUGAUCCAUUGCCACAAGCUGAACUUGACUCUUUUCGAGGGGAUGCAUGCAAAGCUGAUGGGAAUGCAUAACACCAAGGCACCAGCGAUUGGAAAAACCUGGUUUCAAGAGGAAACUCAGUACUUGGUGAUCCAGCUGAAGGGAACACUCAAGCCAGGAAUGGUCUACUGGCUUUAUACAGAAUUCAGAGGAGAGCUGGCUGAUGAUCUGGAAGGCUUCUACAGGAGUGAGUACGAGGAGGAUGGCGCUAAAAAGGUGCUUGCCAUCACUCAAAUGCAGGCCACAUCAGCUAGAAAAGCUUUUCCCUGCUUUGAUGAGCCGGCCAUGAAGGCCAUAUUUCACAUCACUCUCAUUCAUGACCGGGGGACUGUUGCACUAUCAAACAGUCGAGAUUUAGGUCCAGAAAGCCUGAAAAUAAAAGGCCAGAAUGUUAUUAAGACUAGAUUUGAACCUACAAAGAGGAUGUCGACAUAUCUUGUUGCUUUCAUUGUCUGUGAAUUUACAUACACCAGCAAGCAAAGAGAUAAUGUGGAUGUGCUGGUUCGUAUAUGGGCAAGGAAAAACGCCAUUGCAGAAGGCCAAGGAGACUACGCCCUCCGCAUCACACAGCCAAUACUGGAGUUUUUUGAGAAGUAUUACAAUACUUCAUAUCCUCUCUCUAAGUCAGACCAGAUUGCACUUCCUGACUUCAAUGCUGGAGCCAUGGAGAACUGGGGACUUGUCACGUACAGAGAGACAGCGCUUCUUUUCGAUCCCCAAACCUCAGCCAACGGCAACAAACAGAGGAUUGUUAUUAUUGUGGCUCAUGAGCUCGCCCAUAUGUGGUUUGGUAAUCUUGUGACGCUAAAAUGGUGGAAUGAUCUGUGGCUGAAUGAAGGGUUCGCGUCAUACGUGGAGUACCUUGGUGCAGACUACGCAGAGCCAACAUGGAGCAUUAAAGACCAGUUCAUACUGUAUGAUAUUUACCAUGCGUUUGCAGUGGACAGCCUGGUGUCCUCUCACCCUCUGUCCCGCAAAGAGGAGGAAGUCAACACACCGUCGGAAAUCACCCAAAUGUUCGACACCAUCUCUUACAGCAAGGGGGCUGCAGUACUCAGGAUGCUCUCUCAGUUCCUCUCUGAGCCUGUCUUUGUCGAAGGACUUAGUACAUAUCUAAAGCAGUUUGCUUUUGGGAGCACAACGUAUACUGACCUUUGGGAUCAUCUUCAGAAGGCAGUUGAUAAAACCCCAAAUCUGAAAUUGCCACACAGCAUCAAUGACAUCAUGAACCGCUGGAUUCUUCAAAUGGGUUUCCCAGUCAUCACUAUAGACACCCAAACUGGGAACGUGAGCCAGAAGCACUUUCUGCUGGAGCCGGACUCAGUGGUAGAGCGACCAUCAGAAUUCAAUUAUGAGUGGUUUAUUCCAAUCAAAUGGAUGAAGCGUGGUGUAGAACAGGAGCAACUCUGGCUUCUUCAGAAAUCAGCUAUGCAUAAAUCUCUAAAAGCCGGAAACAGGGAAUGGGUUUUGGCGAAUCUAAACGUUUCAGGUUACUACAGAGUCAAUUACGAUCUUCAGAACUGGGAACGACUUCUCGAUCAGCUGACAACCGACCACCAGACAAUACCAGUGAUCAACAGAGCACAGAUUCUGGACGAUGCCUUUACUCUAGCAAGGGCAUCUAUCAUAAACAUAAACCUUGCUCUAAAAGUGACUAAAUACCUGUCGAAGGAGAGAGAGUACAUACCGUGGGAAGCAGCUCUCAGAAGCCUCAGCUCAUUGUAUGACGUAUUUGAGCGCAAUGAGGUUUAUGGACCGAUGCAGGCCUACUUACGAAAACAAGUCAAGCCUCUGUUCGAUCAUUUUACUUCUGUGACUAGAAACUGGACGACGGUGCCCGCAGGCCACACUGAUCAAUUCACACAGAUCAUCGCACUGUCCCUGGCAUGCAGUACAGGAGUACAGGGAUGCAGAGAUCUCACCAAGCACUGGUUUAGACAGUGGAUGCAGGAACCUGACAACAAUAGGAUUCACCCGAACCUGAGGUCGACGGUGUACUGCAAUGCCGUGGCUGCAGGAGGAGUGGAGGAAUGGGACUUUUGUUGGAAGAUGUUUAAGAAGUCUACAGUAGCAGCUGAGGCUGUCAAACUGAGGUCAGCCUUAUCCUGCACCAAACAGCCAUGGCUGCUUAACAGGUUCCUGGAAUACACUCUGGAUCCUGAAAAGAUUCGUAAACAGGAUGCGACCACAACAAUAGGAUCGAUCGCCAGCAACGUGAUCGGGCAGCCCCUGGCAUGGGAUUUUGUCAGAGAGCGAUGGGAGUACCUUUUAAACACGUAUGGAACGGGAUCAUUCGGCUUCGCCAGGUUAAUAAGUGACGUCACUGCCAAACUGUGCACUCCAUUUGAGCUACAACAGUUAAAACAGUUCCAAAAGGACAACGCAGACGUGGGCUUUGGCUCGGCCUCACAGGCUCUGCAGCAGGCUAUUGAGAAGACAACGGCCAGAAUCAAAUGGCUGGCAGAGAACAAGGAACCAGUUCUCAAGUGGUUCUUGUCUGAGACAGCGUGAACUGCACAGCACUGAAACACCGCGACAGCCUUACAAACUCCAGUCACGACAUUUUACGGGAGGGGAACCUUCGUAUUGGCGUGAACAUACAGACAUCAGCAUAUUGAGAAUACAUUUCAGUUGUAUUAGUAAGGCAAGUGGUAUACAUGGGCUAGCAGGGCUAAGCCUUAUUCAUUCCAGUUAAAAAAGACAUAAGGUUUUAUUAUUUCCCUGCACAUCAGAUUAUGUGUUGUCAACCCCAUAGAUCAUUACAGACUGAAAAUACUAAAAACACAUGACAGUGGUUAAGAAGCUUGAUUACUAUUUAGAAGGUUGUGAGUUCACAGCCCAGGGUCACCAAGCUGCCAUUGUUGGGCCCUUGAGCAAGGCUCUUAAUCCUCCAAUGCUCAGAUGUAUAAAAGAGAUAAAAAUGUAAGUGGCUCUGGAUAAGGGUGUGUGCCAAAACUACAAUAAUUAAUGCAGCUGCCUGUCUGACUUUAAUUAAGUGUUUGUGUGUGUGUGUGUUCCUUCUUGUUAUGCCAUCGAUUAGACCUAUAAUUCAUUGCUCAACCCUAAUAAAUUCAUCCCCAAGUUAUUAAUAGAUUCAAGCAGACAGUACAGUCCUUGUUUUCUCCAUAAGUUUAACUCCUUCACAAACACUGUGAAGCACUGUGCAUUUCCCACUGCAAAGAAAUCAAUAAAUGAAGCUCUUACAAGCCUGUAAAAUGAUUGCUAUUUUUGAAUAAAAAUAUU